AUGGGAAUAAACACGGACGAGAAGAGUGAGACUCGCGGGCGGGGGAGGCCAUCCGAAAGGAAGACGGGCUCUCAUUCAUCGCUCAGCUCCAAACCCGAUAAGUUUGGUAGGGAAUCCCCCAAUAGCAUGAUACCUAGGUCGAAUGGCGAACCAAGGCCUCUCAAUCAGAAGAGAGCGCUUAGCCGGCAGAGACAAAAUUUGGGCGAAGAUGGCGGAUUGAAAUCUCGGCCAAGCACGUCUUCUUCUACCCAUAAUAAGACGGCAUCGAUAGAAAAAGCGAGAGCGGAUAAGGCCCAGCUAAUGUCGAAGGCUUCGCUGGAGAAAGCACGAACAGAAACCCCGGAUGUGAAGCAUGAACCAGAUAACGCCAAAGCAUCCAACACGCCGGGGCGAAGGGCGGAAGAAGGCAGCAAUGCCAGGAAACAAUCCUUCAUGCAGAAUGUUACGACUAGGGAGAGAGAAACGACGCGACUAAAAUCACGAAGGUACUAUAGGUCGCUGUCUGCUUCUCCUCCUAAAGUUCGUAUGAAUCCAGGAUACUCCGAACCCACUGAAUCUGACGACGGGCGUGGGUGGAAAGAGACUCAAGCGCAAGCUGAAACCAUCGCAAGACUACAGGCGGAACUACUCCAGAAAGAGGAGGAAAUCGGUAACCUGCAACAACAAUUGAAAGAAGCCGACGAGGAUCUGCAAAGUCUCAAAAUCGACAAGAAAUAUCAUAUCAGUGAUGAUCAGCUCCGAAGAGAAUGGAACGCCUUGAAGUAUAAGAUCCAGACACAUACAAAUCAACGCUUCAUAUCAAAACCAGCCACAUGGCCAUCGAAUUUAGUCGAAGGCCUAACAGAUAAAGCAGCUGAGUUUAUGACAAAUUCGGUGACCAGAAGAAAGCUGUUUGAAGCCGUGAUUUGGAGAUUCCUCGUCGAGAAUGUCUUCUCGCUCGAUGGCCUUGUUUGGGCAGGAUCCUCACAUGAGCAUUUGAAAGCAUUGUCGCACAUGUUUGUCGAGCACGUUAAUGAGAAUGCAUUGUCGCGGGAAGAGUACAAUUCUUGGAGAGCGAAGUCUGCAGUGAUGCUUUCUCAUACAUUCCGCCACUCGUCUCUUCCAACAGUAGAAUACGCACGAUGUCGUAUGGAUGACCUAACGUUGGAGUUGGAAAAUAUGUUGCGGCCGUACCAAAAUUCUGGGUACGAUAUGGAUGCACGUCCGCACACAGGGGAGAUCAUCGGGGGCGCCAUCGAAAUCGAUAUCUGCCUAAGACAAUCGCGGGCAGAAUAUUUAGUGUUCAUGUAUCAUCCCAUCGAAGCUCAUGACUUUAGUAGGGUAUCUGAAGUCGACACGUAUGGCUUCGAAUUCAACGACCUUCACAUGGAACGUGAAGAUGGGGGAAGGAGUACAGGGGCGAAUAGCCCUCGAGUUCAUCUCGUGGUAUCCCCUGUAGUAUUGAAAAGAGGAAACGCGGAGGGUGACCGAUAUGACCAACAAACUGUCAUCUCAAAAAGGGGAGUGCUUUGUAAAUAAUAUCUAGGUUACUAAGGGAGCUUUGAUACCGUCAGUGACUUCGGUUUAUCCCUCUGUCUUGAAGCUCGCCUCGCUUAUGGGAGUCGAUUGGAAAACCACGGCAACGAAGCUGUGAUCGAUGCGUCAGGCUUCCGGCCCUAAGUAAAGACGGUGGACCCAACUCGUCAAGAAUGGAUCCCAACAGAGUGAUUACCACGCGGACAUAUCAUCGUGGAAAGAGUUCUAGACUCCAAAGGCCCUCGGCCUCCGGAGACAAGGGAGAAGAGUUAACUCGAAACGACAUAUUCUCUCGCGACCGAAAGGCAUGUGAUUCGAUCGGAAGACGAGAGGAGCCGACCAAAGGCCCCGAAUAUAAGGGUUCCGGGGUGUGUUUUCGUGGUAGAGAGAGGCUGUGAUCUAGACCGACCAAUUGUGCUCGUAUACCUGUGUGGAGUUAUACUGGGUCUGUUACGAAAGCGUCAACGAGCCCC